UAUAAACAUAACGGUGCAGUGUCUUGAUGCACAUUAGGGCUGAGCAGACAGAACUUGCGUCCAUGCGCUCACAUUGGAAACCUUAUUCUACACAGAUCACCUAUGCAACGUAUGUGCUGUGUGAAUCCUUGUCACAGAGUGUGAAUGACGCGUUUUCCAGUAAGACACAGUAAUGUGACCUUACAUCCUCUCUUUGUCAUACUUGAAUCCGAUGCCGGUGUCUUGCCAUUGUUGAUGUUGGGUUGGCUUCUUUGCUCUACCCUUCCUCCUCUCCGGAUACAUGAAGCGUUGCAAGUCGGACGAAUUGCACCCUGAAGAGGUGGCUGCUCAAGAUGCUGCUACUGUCAUGGAAGUGCGAGGAUCAGAUUGUCCAAUGCCUGGGGAUGUGGGCUCUGCGGGACCAUCUGUCAGCCCGGCAGCCCCUGUGUUCACUCGGAACAAACCUCCAGACCUCAAGAAAAUCCAGCAGCUCUCUGAAGGAUCAAUGUUUGGACAUGGACUGAAGCAUCUCUUUCAUAGCCGACGACGUUCAAGAGAGCGAGAUCACCAGGCUUCUGCAGAACCCCAGGUUACCUGCUCAACGCCAGGUCCUCAAACCCUGCAUGCAUCCCAAGCUGCCCCUUUAUCAUCAUCUGAUCAUGACUCUGCAGAUGAAAAAGAGCGAUCUCCAGAAAUGCACCGAGUGUCUUAUGCUGUUUCUUUGCAUGAUCUGCCAGCACGUCCAACUGCCUUUAACCGUGUUUUGCAACAAAUUCGCUCACGUCCUUCUGUAAAGAGAGGAUCUGGACAGCACGGGGGUGGCCGACGGAGCAAGAGUGGACCUGGGGAAACUGCUCAUCAUCACCAUCACUCACAAUUGCGUGGAGGUAGUCCUCACCUUCCCCGCCGUCCUCUACCAAUGGAUGGUGGAUUAGCUGCAGUAUUACACCAUCACCAAGGCAGACCACGUUCUUCCUCUACUACUGAUGCUGCACUUUUAGCUGGAGGUGAUAUAGCUGGUGCUGGCAGUUUUGCACAUGAGGACCAGGAGAGAGCAGCAGAAAAG